AUGUUAAACAUGUACUCAUCUAGAACCCUCAAAAUUACAAUCCUCUUGCUCGUCUUGAUAUGCGGUUUUGCUCUUCUUUGUGCUCAUCAAGUUAAGGCAUUGGAAGAGGAAAUCACAGUUGAGAAGGAAGGACAACAACCAACAUCGGAUACAAAAGCAUCAACAACACCCACUCAAACAAAUCCAAAUAAUCAAGACAAUACACCAGCAAAGAAUCCAACAGAUACAAAUUCAGUCGAUCUAGAUAGAAAUGAAUUGAGAAGCUUAUUGAAACAAUUAAGGAAAUAUCAGUUCGGAAAUGAUUGGUUUGAAGAUCAUGACUCCCUAUUCCCUUCAUCAUUCUUUGGAAACAGAUUGUGGAAUCGUAUGUUUGAAAAUGACGAUGAUGAUUGGUUCUCUCAUUCUUUCCGUAAUAUGAGAAGAAGAAUGAACAACAUGAUGAAGAGACACUUGCUUCCUUCAAUCUUUGAUGAUCAUCAAUGGUGGGAAGAUUGGAGUAACACCAUCAAUUCUUUGAGAAAACCUGAAUUGGAGUCUACACCAACGAACGACAACCAGUCUUCAAAGGACAAACAGGUUGAGGUUCGAAAGAGUCGAGGUCCUAUUACGUCCCUUGUGAAAACAUCAUCGAGUGACGAAGGCAAAGUUGUAUGUGUGUCUGUAGAAAACAUUCCAAGAGAUGUAUUUGACAAGAAAGAUAUAGAGGUAAAGGUUCAAGAGAAUGCUCUUGGAGACAUGAUCAUUAUUAGAGGAGAAAAGAAGACUGAAAACGGUCACUACGAAUUUUCCAAGUCGUAUAGAUUUCCAAGAGGAUCCGUUGAUAUUGACAAGGUGAAGGCUGUAUUUACAGAUGAUGGCAACCUUAGUGUGACGUUGCCACGGCUUGAUUCACCACCUCAAAAGGAAAGUGUGAGAUCUAUUGCUAUUGAAUAA